AGUAAAUUCUGACAGUCCAUCUGGAUUAAGAUAUGACGGUGGAUGUGGAUUUAGGCGGGCUGUUUUUGGAAAACAGCACCUAUGACUACACAGACUAUCAGAACCAAGAGGAUGACUGUCCACCAAACAUCCCAGGGAUCAUUAUCCCCAUCCUGUACUCUCUGGCUUUGGUUCUGGGGUUGCCAGGUAACAGUCUGGUCCUGGCCAUUCUAUGGCAGAAGAAGCGGAGCUGGAGUGUCACAGACACCUUCAUUAUGCACCUGGGUGUGGCCGACACUCUUCUGCUGCUCACGCUGCCCUUCUGGGCUAUACAGGCAGCUAAGGGCUGGGUCUUCGAAACAGGGUUCUGCAAAGUGUGUGGAGCUCUAUUCCAGAUCAACUUUUACUGUGGCAUUUUCCUGCUGGCCUGUAUCAGCCUGGACCGUUACCUGUCCAUCGUCCACGCCGUGCAGAUGUACUCGCGCAGAAAGCCCCGGGUGGUUCAGAGCAGCUGUGUGGCCGUCUGGCUCUUCUCCUUCUUUCUGUCCAUCCCUGACUGGCUGUAUCUGGAGGCACAGAGGGACAUAGGGUGGAUAAACAGAGUGGAAUGUACCUACAAGUAUCCAGCACCCGAGUGGCGUCAGGCUUCCCGUCUGCUCUACCAUGUGGUGGGCUUUCUUCUCCCUGCUGUGAUAAUGUUGUUCUGUUACUCUUGCAUCCUCCUGCGACUGCAGCGCGGCUCUCAGGGCCUGCAGAAGCAGAGGGCUGUGAGAGUGAUCCUGGCCGUGGUGCUGGCCUUCUUCAUCUGCUGGACGCCUUACAACAUCACCCUCAUGGUGGACACCUUCUGGCCCACUGACCAUCCCUCUGGGUCAGACUCUGGGUCUGAGUGUGUGCCCAGCUGGACAGCCUGCCAGUGCACUGCUGCUCUGGGCCUCCUACACUGUUCUCUCAACCCUUUCAUCUGCGUCCUCUUCUCUAAAGAGUUCCACCGUCGUCUCAUAAACACGGUGACCUGCCGCAGCGAUGCAGCAGCUGACAACAGUGUUUCUCUCUGGGAUCCCGCUGAGCAGAACAACAGCUCACUUAAGCAGGCCGAGGAGAACAGUCCUCUGGAACCCCAGACAGGAACAGACAAACUGGAUCAAACCACACCCCCUCAGACCAGUGUCAGUCAGUCACAGACUGAUCAUGUAACCAGCACCACUAUAGCUUAGGAAUUCUAUUCAAUUUUCAAUUGAAUUUUAUUUGUAUAGCACUUUCUACAAUCAAAAUGGUCUCAAAGCAGCCUUUUCAGGAAUCAGUGCCUAACCCCCCAGAGAGCAAGCCCAGGGUGAC